CGUACCUAGCGUUGUUCAGCAUACGCCGAGACUGGACGACCAUCGACCGAAGUCAUUCCCCACAAUGUAUCCUUGAUCGUCUCCUGCCGGCCGGCAAUUGCAUGUACAGUGGACCGUCUCUACUUUAAAGUCAAGGUCACCUCGACUUCGUGACCCAAAGUCGCAUUGCUAUGUGUCGCACGGCUUAUCGGUGAAAGAGCGGGUUUGCUGCCUACAGGUAAAGGCAAACGUACGGUAGAGCUAAUAACGUGAAGUCUCGCCUAGUCAAGCGGUCACUUAUCAAGCUAAUUGUUAUAUACCUGUUCCUGCCUGGUAACAACCUGUCUUCUCACACUUCCUCAAAUCACCUUCCUACUCAAUAGCUUCUUCAACUCCACUAUCCAUAUCGAAUUGCUACAGGUCGUCUUGCAAACGACAAUGGCGCAUAUCUCAAAGGCUUUACGCCAACUCUGGGGUAGCGGUCGACCUAGUAAUACCUCGGCGUCAGAUCCAAUUGCUCGCUUCGAUGGUGCGAACGAAGACCAUACUUGCGAAGAGCAAAUGGAAGGAGCAGUCCCCCAACAGCAGCACAGCGGCACUGAAGAAACAGAGAGACUCCUAUCACCUACGAGCCAUCGUCAGGCCGCCAUGGACGAGCAUGCCGCCCAAACACAGCGAUACGAACAGCGGCCUCAGCUCGCAACAUUUCAAAAUGGCCUGGACCAGAACCACCGUGUAGGCUUGCAAAGCAGCAGGCAGAUACAGUACAAUGACUUCACACAGCGUACUGGAACCGCUGCAAUUCCUGUUACACCUCCACAAGUAAAGCAAGAGCUGGUGACUGAGCAAUACAACGACCAGGAUUUAUUCGCCGAGUUCACCAACGAAGACUAUCACGAAGAUGAUGCUGGGGCAAAGACAGAGACUCAACAGGCUCUCAACGCUAUCGAUGGCGCUGCCCCUCCCAUCAAGACAAAGCCCGAGGUUACGGCCGAAGCUGAGGCUCAGCUACCUGCUGACGCGCUCAAAGAAGCUGGAACUGUAGACAACAUGGCCACCGUAGGCCACAGCGCAGCUGCAGCUCUUCAGAAUCAGCCAGAUGCUUCUUCGACCAUCCCACUCGCAGAAGUCGCUCUUGAGACUGGUGUUCACUCCGAGACCGUGCACCCGUCAGCUCAAGACUCUGAUGGUUUGAUCCAUAAAGUCAGUAAUAGAUCACAAGUAGACUUUCCAGGCGCACUUACUGAUGGUCUUGGUAUCCAGCAUCUUUUCGAGAAUCAAGUUUCACAGAAGCCGAACAGCCAACGAUCCCCAUCAGCAGACUCUGUCAUCGCUCGGAAACGAAAUUUGUCGGAGGAGACAGUUAGUGGAAUAGACCUCGGAGCAAACUCGCACUUUCGAGCGCAGGAUUGGCAGCAGCGACAACUCCUGUUCGGUCAAGAUAUGUUGACUGCAGAAGCACCCCAGCCGACCCCGAGUUUGCUCCUUGGUCUAAUGCCCGCACAACAGCAGUACAACCAGAACAGCUCAAACUUCCCUUGCAACCGCAACGUCCGGUAUCCAGGCAUUCCUGGUGUCAAUCAAAAUGGUCUGUUUUACCCUCAACAGAUGAUAGCAGGAUACCCCAACACAGUGACGCCACUUGUGCCUCCUCCUGUCAGCCGCUAUCCACCCGCUCAGACUCAUACCCCUUCUACGAUGGCCACCUCGCAGUUUAUAGCUGAAGUAAAGGAGGAGGAAGAUCACGAGGCUUCUGAGGACGACGAGCCGUUAGCAUCACACGCAUCGCGCCAACGUCCAACGACAGGCGACCCCGUCGCUCCUCAUCCGCCCUCGAACACAAGCGCAAAUGCACCGGUACAAACGUCUUCGUCAGGACUUGGUAUCCAAGGUGUCCACAGCGAAUCCAUCGUCGAGAUAUCAGACGACGACGAAGCCGCCGAGCCCAUAUCCUGGAAACUGCCCGACUUCGAAGCCACCUACCAUCCCGCCGCGACCGACAAGGACGUAUCCAUAGCCAAAAUCUCCACCCUCGGCCAGACCAAAAACCUCGUCCGCGAAGAAAUCAUGCUGACCGAAGACCACCAGCGGCAGGAAAUGCAACUCUUCCUCGACGUCUUCCUGCCCGCCCAAAAAGCCCUGGCGACGCCGGACCCGGAGCCCGCCCACGCAGUCAUAAACUUCCACACCAUCGCGGUCAUGGUGCUGGAGGCGUUUGUGCAGUACGAGAUCGGCGACGAGAUGGGCCGCGGCUACGGCUUCCACAGCGGCAACAUCGCCGCCGUGCCGCGGCCCAGCCCCGCUGCGCCGGACACUGAGCCCGUACGCACGCGCGCCGCGCAGGACGCCGACGUGGACGAGAUUUUCUUCGCGGUCGUGGAUCGCUGGCGCGCGGGCAUGCUGUCGGGCAAGGAGACGCUGAAGCUGAUCCGCGGGUGUCAGGAGUUUUGCGAUGUCGCGCUCGAUGUCAUUCACUUUGUGAAGCAGCAUGGGCUGCUGCAGCCGGAGCUGAAGAAGAGGAAGGAGAGGAGCGAUAAGGGUGUGCCGAGGGCGGCGAAGGGCGGGGUGAAGGAGGCGGAGGCGAAGGGGAAGCCGGCAGGGAAGAGGAAGGCGGGUGAGAUGGAGGGGAAGGUGUCGGUGAAGAAGGGGGCGAAGGCGGGCGCGGCCACUACAGUUCCGUCGCGGAAGAAGGCUAAGGGCGAGGGUAGUAAGGCGAAGCCUAGGACGACGAAGCAGGGCGGUGGCGCUGGCCUUACGGUUAUUCCCCGAAAGCAGUAGCUCGACUUGCGCGAGGUACACACGGUCUUUGGGCACACGAUGAUCAGGGUACAUACGGUCGUCGAAGAUCACUGGGCCAGUCUUGGAAAGACGACAUCGUUACCCGAGACCCACACGAGCAAGGUAUUCAGGCUCAACCACAUUUCCGCCAGCUCAUCAAAGUAGAAAGAGUGCACAUCCGUAGAUUCAAAAUAUGAAUGCAAGCUAUCUAAGCCCUCAUGGCGCGCUAAAUGUGAGAAAGAGA